CGAGGUACCACAUUUACGUUUCCUCAAAAAAUAUAUUUCUAAACUUUUUCUCUUCGUUUUUUGAGCGACUUUCCAAAUUUUUGGCUAAAAAAAGUUGUAAGUUGUAAAGGUAAGUUGAUACUGGUUGCGAACGCGUCUUUUUUCCUGUCCAUUUGAAGAAGCUCAGGUCGUCUAAGAACAACUCUUUUCACUUGAAUUGUUGGGUUUUUCGAAGAAUUUUUAUAACAGAUAAAUUCAUAAUUUAUUAAUCUGCGAGCUAACGUCUUUGAUCUCCAGAAACUUCCUAUUUAUGUCUUCAUGGAUAGUCAUCAACAAUUGGAAUACGCCAAUCUUUUUCAUAUUUGCAAUGAAGAUCCAGAAAAUCAUCUAAGAACAAUAAGAAAUAGUUUUGCUUCUGGAAAACAUAUGCAGCAAGCCGCGGGUGAUGCAGGCUUGUUCAAGCAAUUCCUUCCAGAGCAACUUACAGCUUCUGUUUCCCAACAGCCACAUAGCUCGCUUCCUUGGCAAAUUCUUGCCAAUUCAGUUGCUAAUGACUCGCCCUUACAAGAUGAGGCAUGGGCUUUUCUUACCAGGUUUCCUCCUAAACUUCCCCACCCGGUUACAAGUGCUCAAUUGGCCGCAUUUGAAAUUUCAAUUUGGUGUUUAAUACUAAAUAAUAAAAAUCGAUUGAAUCAAAUGUGUACCUCUCCUGCUGGCCUCUACUUACUCGAUAUCCUGGUUGAUCAAGAUCGUCAUCCACACUGGCAGAGAGAAAGUAUCCUUUAUAGAAUCAUCAGCCACAUCUUGAGUAAUGGGUAUGCAGAAAUUCUUAUUAAGCGAGCUGUUCUUUUGGGAUAUCGUUCCAUUUAUUUUGCUGUUGAUGCCAUGAGUCGUGAAUCGUCUGGUGCAGAGGAUCCAACCUUGUUUCCCACCCUUUACCUAAUUACCCGAUUAAUUGCUAAACAUCUUCACCAGCAAAUUUCGACUAUGGACAAAUUUAAUAUUUCAGAACCUGAUCUCACUUUAGUCACUUAUUUAUCCGAAAGUUUUAAGUUGGUCAUUAGCCUUCUUUAUACUCGCUAUGAAAGGUUUGUUAUGUUACAAAAUGAAUCAAGUCAAAAAUUAGACAUUGUUCAUGUAUUUCAGCGGUACUACCAUGAUUCUUCAUUGGCCACGAGUGAAGUACUGCUUUUACUUAGCAUCCUUCAUAGUCGUAUUCCACGCAAGACUUUGGUUCAAAAGUCUCCAAUUUCUCCUGAAAGUUUCUAUGAACUUUGUGAAGCUAUAGGGGGUGUAAAACGCGAAUGCGUUCAUUUCAUUACCUUUGCUUCACACUUAUAUCCGGCUACUCAGGACAUUGUUCGGAACACGGAAGGUGGUUUGUCAGUUAUACUGUCUCAAUGUAACAUUGAUGAUUUCAAUCCAUACCUUCGUGAAGUUUCUGUUCUUUGUAUCCGCUAUUUGUUACAAAACAAUCCUGAUAACCAAGCUUUUGUUGCCAAUUUGAACCCCAUGGGUAUCAGCAAAUCUGAGAUAUUGGAAGAAGUCGGCUAUGAUUCUCAAAUUGAUGAUAAUGGGAAGGUGAAAUUAGUUCCUAAAAACCGUCCCCAAUAAACCAUACAGGUAAACCGCCAUACAUUGGUCUUACUUACACAUUCGUUACAUUACGGGCCCACGUUUGCUAUUUACAGAUAGAAAUUUAACAUUUUUGAGAUUUAAUUUUAAUUUAAUUCAACGGAUAAUGAUCAUUGUAAAGUAUUUUAUAAAUGCAGUCAUUAGUCGAUUAUAAAUAGAUGCCAAAGGGA